AUGGCCAAGAAAGGUAACAAGAAAAAGUCAAACGCUCGCAAGGUACAACAACAAAAGAAGGUUAUUACCACACCUACUGCUACUACGGCUCCUGCAACCCCCGAAGAGUCUUCGCCUGUUACACCUGUCAACGCGCUCGCUGACAAUGAUAAAGCCUUGUUGACAGAGGAACCUCAGGUUGCUGCUGCUGCUGUUGCAGAGAAGGAGAUUGAGCAGAUCGAGAAGGAGGGCUCAGAGGAGAACAUCAAGCCUGUCGUCACUGAGAAGAAGGAGGAGGUGCAAGAGGAGGAGGAGACCGCAGAGAAGCCAUCUAUCCUGUCCAAUGCAUCAGAGGAAGCAUUGACGUCCACAUCUGAGAAUAUCGUGGAAUCUCUGCAAGUCAAGGAUGCCUUGGAGGAGCCUCCCCAUGUCGAAGUCAAGGCUGAACCUGUCGCCGUCGUCUUGGAUAGUCUUCCCGAAACUGAGCAGCCUGUAGUGAUUACAUUGGAGAAGGCCAUCAUUCCUGAAGAACAGCAAACCACCAUUGAAGUAGAGCCUGUGCCCGAGGAGAUCUCACCCGUCUUGCCCAAGGUGGAGACUGAAGAAGACAUCCCCUUGCUGCAAGAAAAGAAGCAAGAUCAAGAGCCUGUUGUCCUGGUUGUCUCUGAAUCUGAGACUACCUCCUCUACAAGCGCUAAAGAAGAAGAGAAGAAAGAGGCUACCACUGCCGCUGAUCAAGGUCAAUGGACAUAUCAAGCAGUUGGUGAGCAAGAUGCCCAAGUCAAUGCAACUGAAUCUGAUUCAACAAAGCCUGAAGAAGCACCCUUAAAAACUGAACAGGAACCCGAACAAGCUAUUACUCACGAAAAUGAUCAAGUACCUGAACAAAAAGAACCUAAAAGUCUCCUCGUGCCACAAGCAACAGAGUGUGAAGCCAAAAAUGUACAAGAGCCUCAUGUAUCGGAACCUACCAUCACUCCCUCUGUCAGUGUCGAAGAGGAACCUGUUCAAGAGCAAACAUCUGCACCCGUCUCAACCACCACCUCCGCCAGCACCACAGAACCUAUUGAUGUAUCAAAAGUCGCUCCCCCUAUUGUUAUUGUCAACAAUGUCGAUCAACAUCAGGAACAAGCCCAAGCAGAUGUGGAUGUUCCCGCUCAAGCAGAUGUGAAUGCUCCCGCUCAAACAGAAAAGGAAACUGCUCCUCCUGUUAGUACCACAUCAUUGGAAAAGGAAGACACACCCACUAUUCGAUCACAAAGUGUAUUGACAAGCAUCAACACAGAUGCAACCAUCCAGGAAGAAGAAAUCGCUACUCCCAAGAGCUCUCUCAAGAAGAAGCGAAGCAUUCUAGGCAAGGAAAACAAGAGUGUGACAAAGAGAAAAUCACAAAUUUUAGGGUUAUUUAAACGUGGUGGGGACAAGACUCCUCCUGUUCCUGAGUUACCUGUGAUCCAGCAAGCAACAGAAAAGAAGCAGCAACCAGAAAAGAAAUUAAACAAACGCAAAUCUUGGAUGUUUUGGAAAUCAUCUAACACUAAUGCUACUGCAGUGGCAACAGUACAACCAAAAAACUAG